GUGUAAAAGCACCGAAAUAAAAGCACGCUGCACUGCCCGAUUAGAGGCGCGGUGAGACGGAUUACUGUUUGUUUAUUUUUUUUUGUUUACCGGGGAUUUAUACAAUUGCUGUAGCGUUUCUAGAACUUAUUUGAAGGUAGGGAUUUUCGACAAAUGCGCAUACAUGUAUGCUUGGAAUUAUUAUUUUUUUGCCUAAUGCCUGGUGCUUUAUUGUGACGUUUACUGGGUGGAGAUCAUUUGUCAUUUUCUCACAAACAACCUGUGUUUACGUUGCUUUGUUUACAGUGGUGAAACAAGUAGGAUAUUGAAAUAUUUUAUGUAGGCUACAAGUAGCAGAACUAUAAUGAAAAAAAUAUCACAAGUGUAAGUUGUUGCUGUUUUUUUUAUUACCAAAUUAAAUGUAAACAAACUUUAUAGUAAAAUACAUUUAAGUAAAAAGUGAAAUUACUCACCAAGAAUGUCCUAGUCCAAGUGGAGUUAAGUGCAGGCUAAUUAUUUAUUUUCAUUUUGGAAAGUAUAGCCUAAUAACCUACAUUAAUGUUGCAUGAGCUCUUGUUUUGCAAGUCAAAUCUUAAUCAAAUCUUAAGGUGCAGCUGUUUAGCAGAAGUAUGAGUAAAUAUAAAACAUGAGUAAAUAUACUUGGUUACUACGUACCUGUGACUGCACCCUAACCAGUGUUGGGAAGCAACUUACAUGUAAUUUAGUUACAUUCUUUUAUUACAAAAUGAAUUUAACUGUAAUCCAUUACAGUUAUGGGGGGAAAUGUGUAAUUAAAUUACAGUUACUUAUGAAAAUGUUCAUGAUUACAUUUAGGGUUACAUCUGAAUACUUUCUAAUAAUAUUCAUUUGCUUGUGCAUAAUGUCCAUUCCAGCCACAGCCUUUUAGUAAAGUGUAUUGCUAUUCUGAUGCUUCUGAUUGGCUCUCAUGUUUGAAUUUGCAGUGCCACACAUCUGCCAGUUAAAUUGCCUCUCAAGCUCUCAGUUGAAAACAGUCAUUAGAAAUUUAGAAAAGUAAUUAAUAACUUACAUUGCUUUGAUAAAGUAAUUGAAAUAGUUACAUUUUAAAUAGGGUAACUUGUAAUCGGUAACCUAUUACAUUUCCAGAGUAACCUUCCCAACACUCACCCUUACUUUGUUUCCCAUCUUACCAGAAAUUAAGUGCAAGUAAACACUAGCCUACUUAUAAUCGAGCAUCCCCAGCAAACUGGUUAGUUUCGGGGAACGUUCUGGGAACAUUGGCUGACCACCCUGGAAUACUGGUUUUGCGUUUCUAAAGAAAGUUCUGCGAAGUAUAGCUGGGGAACAUUGUUAUAACAUCCCGCUGACCACAAGACUGUUAUGGGAACGGUCUCCCAAAACAGGCACAUUCCCGGAGGUUUCUAAUCUCCUUGACCGUCUUUAUCAAAGGGCUGGGGGUUAGGCCUACACAUUCUGUGCAGAGUAAAUAAUGGUGCCAAAUAGUAAGUUAGACAUUUGGUGCAGGGAUGUGAACACAAAACAAAUAUGUGUGCAUUUUCAUCCAUCACAGUUAAAGAAAGGACAUUUCAAUUGUUAAUUUUUCUUUUCAUUUCCACACCAUCUCUAAUCAAAACACUUAUUUCAACUAUUAGAAUUACUUUGUAAAAGGAAUUUGAACAUCUGAGGUAAAGCUAACGUGAGUCACUGUUCCUAAACCCAAGAGAUUAUAUCAACUUUAUUAUUUAAUAUAUCAGAUACACAUUAUACAUAUCAUGUUUUAAACACUAUUUUAAUCUAGUAACUCACGUUAGCUAUUGUUCUAAGAUCAAUAAGGCAACAUUAGCUGAUGUUGAUUAGCCUAGCUAACAUUAACACUUGCUAGCUAGCUCUUAAUGAUGGGACUACAGAAGCAGACGUUUUAAAGAUGCAACUUCAAGUAUAAAGCUGAUCAAUGCCUAAUAAUGACCUAUUGAUUGAUUUAAUCCCACCAUAUCAAAUGCCAUAGUGUUCCAUGGACCAGAAGCAGUAAGCUCACUCCACUGCAACUUUCUGUGAUUUCACUCACUUUGUUUUUUAAUCAUAAAUAUUUCAGGCUAUUUGGGAAUUUGGGAAAUUUGUAGCUAAUUUGGGAAACGUAAUGCAACAUAUUUUAUGGGCUCUUGUUUUGCAAGUCAAAUCUGAAAAGAAAAAUUGUGAAGAUAUUUUGCAGCAACUUGCAUUAACUUAAGUACGUUUCUGUCAGACCUGUUAGCCUACUAUAGCCUUCAGGUUUUCCUAAAUGACAAGUAUGAGAGAACAAAUGAUAGACCCGAUAUUAAAAUACCAGUAAGUAUUAAAAGUAAAAGCACACACUGUAAAUGUUAAGUAGGAUAGCCCCUAUAAAAGUGUUAAAUGACAAGUUAAAGUAAUAAACCUAGUCCAUGUGUUGUUCUGUGUAAUUGUUUAUUGUUAUGUUUAACGCUUUAUGUUUUAUGAGUUCUUGUUUUACAAGAAAAUGGUACAGCUGUUUUGCAGUAAACCAUACAAUCAGUUAAUCUUUGGUUGCUUCCUACCAUCCUUCCCAGUACAGAUAAAUACUGAAAGUAAAAGUGCUUACUGUCAAAGUGUAAAAUGAUAAGGGAAAAUAAUAAACCUGGUCCACGAGUUGUUAUAUGUAAUUAUUUUUUUUGAUGUUGGGAAGUAGUUAAAUGCGUCAUCAUGAGCUUUUGAUUUGCAAGUCAAAUCUUAAUCUGCGAAGAAAAUUGUACAGCUAUUUGCAGUAAAACAUACAUACACCGUCCUGUUACUAUAGCCUAAUUAGGUUUCCUAUGUGGCCCCUAAAUAUUAAAUACAAGUAUUAGACCUAGCAUUAAAAUAAAAGUAAUUAUCCAAAGUAACAGUACUCACUAUGAAGGAUAGUAAGAAUAGUGAGCCCUGUCAAUGAGUCAGAUGACGUUAGCAGUUAUAAUCCAGGUCCAGGUGUUGUAAUUAUAUUAUGUAAUAUUAGGAAGUAUAACCCAUCAUAUUUUAUGAUGCAAAGAAAACAGUACCGCUUUCAUGGAAACACAAAAAUGUAGUAUAGCAUUCAAUAGUUGUAUCUGAAGUGGCAUGGAAAUACGUAACUUAAAUACAGCACCUUAGUAAAUACGUUUGAUUACUUCCUAACUAACAUGUUCUCCCACAUGACCACUUGUAAAAGUUUGCCUUUGACCUGUAGUAACAGCUUCCUAAAAAGACAACUCCCGUUUUAUUGUUUAUAGUAAAUAAGUAAUGUAUGCCUUGUUUUUCAGAGAAAUCUAAAUAGAAAAUCCCACUUCUGUUCACAGGACGAUGACACAUAAAAUCAUCUUAAAAUAUCUCUGUUAAAAAUAUACUUCUACAAGGAUUUGGGGCAUAUUUUACAACUUACUAUACUGUUUUUACCUUCUGAUGCAUUUCAUUGUAUCAGCUUAAUCUGCUUAUUUAUCUGUUAAAUACUGGAAUGUUGUCAAUGGACACCAGUGUAGCACAUGCCAGUAAAGAAUUUAAAAAGACAAAGGAGUGAUAGGGAAAGAAAUGAGAGGGUGUGGUCCAGAACAAAGUAGUUUAGAGAUGUGGGAGUUUUUGUGUCAACAGUUUGGAAACACGUGCAUAGGAUUUGACAGAUAUUUGUUUUAAAGUGUUUUUUAACCUAAUGCUGUGAAAAUAAGGUAUUUCAAAUUGCUCACAGACCAAUGUGAGGGCAGUUUUGACCUGUGUAUGUGACCAUAGGUUAGUUAUGACUCCCAAAACUUUUCCUUGGACAGCCAGUAAGAAGACAUGUAAUGUCUCCUGUGGACCAACAAGGCAGACUCGCCAGCUGUAUUUGAAUUCCUGUCAUUAAAAGAUAUGCAGUAUUAUUGAGUUAUUAUAGAGUUGAGAAGUUUAAAAAUAAAAAAUCCGGCUUAAACCGAUGGAAGAAAAAUACAUGGGGGUGAGGAGGUGGGUGCAAGAGCAGUUGAAAUUCCCAUGAAAGUCAUAAAAUGUUUUUUAUGCUUCUGUGGUCUGAGGGUACUGUUUUAUUAUUAUGUCCAUAGUAUGUUUGCAAUAUAGCAUGUUUUACGGCUGCUGCUUAUAUUUAUGGUCAUAAUAUUUUUGCAUUAAAGUGUUUAAAAUUGUUCAAAUAUGGCAUCAGUUCUUGGUGUGAGUAAGUCUUUGACCAUAAAGAUUUUUUUUUAUAUAUAUAUAUUAAAGAAACUCCAUUUCUUAUUGCUUGUAGUGAGGUGACAGUUGAAACUUCAUGGCAGGUCUCUGGUGGGUGAAUCCUACUGUCAGAGGUGGUGAAGACAUUGUCUGACCACGCUGCUGGCAGCUAUUGAAGGGAACAUGAUGAUCCUGUUAAUUAUAAAGGUGACAUAACACAAGUGAAUCUGACUCUGCAAACCCACAGGGAUGUUGUCAACUGGCUGUAAUCUUCUACACCAUCAGUUAUAGGAAGAAAACAGGUUUCACACACUCUUUAUUGGAACAUUUUAUUUACAUUAAAAGCCAAAAAGUACUACAGAAACAGAACGGCUGUGGCCUUGUGAUCUGAUGACACCACCAGCCCUCAAACACCCUACACUGCACCACCCACCUGAAGUUGUUAGCAAUAAAUACAUGCUUAUUUAAAAAAAAUCAUCAAGAUAGUUGACUCCAGCUCAGGCAGAGAUUUGUUUGUUUUCUCAACCCUUGUCUGAACUGCGGUGUCCUGGUAGUUUUGUUAGCAGAUCCCCCCACCCCUCUGUCUUGUCUGCUUAAGUGGAGGUCAAAAAUGAACUCAACUGACCUGAGCUGAACUGAAAUGCAUGAAUAGAUUUCUAAAUUGACACAGUGCCUGACAUGUUGUCUUCCUUCCUGAAAUAUCACGAACAUCUUGUUUCAGUUCUGGUGAAAGCAGCAACCUGGUAGGAAACAGGAAAACUAGGUGGUCAAAGGUUAAAUAAACAGUUUGUAGCUGUUUAAUAGAAAUAUAAUUAACAUUUUUACAUUGAUUUGUCGCUCAUAUUUUGAGCUUUAGAGCCUAUUAUUACACUCAGUGAUAAAUACUAGCAAUAUAUUCACUAAAAAGUCUUAUAAUCUUUGUUAAUAUAAUCCAAUACAUUGGAGAUGUUCUUGAUAAUUGGCAAAUACAUUUGCCAAACAUUGUAUGAAGUACCAAAAUCUGAUAGGCAGUUACGAGAAUGCAUCUGUCUGAAUGAGUGUCUUAGUGUAACCAGAAGCACGCGGGUGAGUUCAUUCAGGGAUACAGGCUGCACAGUCAUCAGGAAGUGAAACAGAACAGAAUGUGCUGUACUAAUCUGAUUGAAAAACACUACCCUGAGCGGAGGCAAGAAAAAAAAAAGAUGUUUCAUUUACACAGCUAAAAGGAGAAUACUAUGGCAGCAGAGGGAUAUGUGCAAAUACAACAAAUGUAGCUCAACUCGCUCUCACACAAACAUGCACACAGCGACUAAAAUAAAGCUGAGCAACAUAAUGUUCUUUGUUUGUGUUCGAGGCACCCAUGUUACGUACAUGGGAGUAAUCUCCUGAGUGAUCCCUUUUAUCCCUGAACUUUUGCCCCCUGAAGCAAGAGUUCUUUUCUGCUGCGUCUGCCAAGGACCCUAAAUAAAUGAUCCCUUGCUGCCGUUGAUGAAUACAAACACAGUGGCACAGUGACAGGAGGAAUCUUCAGCUUUUUAUCCUUGACAAGGUUUAGUGCUGGUUUUUAUCUCCUUAUCUUAUCUGUUAAGAUAAAAUCUGUUUACAUAUCAUGAAAAAAAUAAUAGAAAAGUUUACUAAAUGUAUAAAGUUGUCAGUGGUGAAAGAAAUAUUCAGAUUUUCAGUCUCAAUAGAAUAGUGUAAAAACACAUUACAGGUAAAAGUCACAUAUUCAAAAUGUCAAAGGGUAAGUACAGAAGUAUUCCUGUAUGAAUUCAAAGUAUUGAAAAAUAAUGUAGUUAAAGUAAAGUGAAAGUAUUCAUUAUGCAAGCCCCUGUCAGUGUUACAGUACAUUAUUAUACAUUAUUGUAUUGGAUCGUUAGUUGAGUUGGAACUAAUGUCAAACUUUGAAUAUGCACUGUAUAUGCAAUAUAUGUCCUUCUGAAAGUACUCAAAUAAACUACAAGUGCCUUAAACUUGAAAAAAUAAAAAAAUAAAAAAUACAGUAUAUACUGUAAAUGUAAAUAUAUUUGGAAAGGUAAAUGGUGUGGCUGCGCAGGGGGUUUUUUGGACCUCCAUUCAUUUAUAAUUAUAAUUUGCAGUUAUACUUAAUUUUAGGUGAUUUCCACCCUCACUAUUGUGGGAGUUUGUUUGUUUAGUGGCCUCAGCACUGGAUCACUCUCUUGCAUGAUGGAUACACAGUGAGAUCAAAAGAGCACAAGACUUCCAGAUGUGCGGCUCCAGUUUGUAGUCUGGUCCCAAAAGAAACAUUAUUUAAUUUUACCUGCAUUUUUUGUUACAGAUAAGAAGACAAAAAAAAUCUGAGAUCCCUCGGAAAUCCCUCUUUAACAACUCAAAAAACAUUCGUUUUAUCAUCUUGAUACUUUUUCAUGACUUUUCCUUCUUUUAUCAGAAAAUGACGCAGCAUUUUAUGUACCUGAUAAACUGGCACCUGAGAUAAAACAUGACAUGUUUCCUUAUUUGGUGUUAUAACAAUGCUUUAUGGUAAUUUCCGUAUUUUGUCACAUUCAUCCAAUGUGUACACACAUGUUUGUGGCCAAGGGAAGGGUUACGAUUUCAAUACUUCUCCAUAAUUGGUUUUAAUGAGCUCAGAAGAAAUAAAGAAAUAUCUGAAGAAAUGCAAUUGGUUGAUUUUGAAGUUAUUGUCAUUAUUUUUACACUUGCAGCAGUUUGUGGGAGCCCAAACAAUGAGGAACUUGAAACUUGAAAGGGAAACAACUCUCUCCUUCAUAGGGCACCUUUGCUAAUGAGAGUUAUUGUUCUUCACUAAAUUAUCUGGCAUCAGUUACAGGGAUGUCUAGUACAUCGCCAUUUCAUCUCUCAUGUCAGGCAAUCAUUAAUCAAAGCUUGACUCAGCUGAGUAAUUACUCAACUAAUCUGACUGCUCACAAUGACAGUCAGAGCCCAAACAUCCAAACAUAGUAGGGAGUGACAUCGCUAAACAAUUGAUACAAACAGGACAUGUAACCUUUUGGUUUACGAAAGAGGAUGCUUCAAAACAAGCCCAACAAAAGGGGUUGGAUUAAAGACAAUAUUUAGGGCCAGUGCAUUAACAUAACAUGGUAAGUAACAGGUGAAACUCACUAAAUUCACUAUCAACUCCAGCUGUUUGCAGAUUUCCGCUUCCAGUAUGAAAACAGAGAAAGAUCAAAUAUGCAUAUACCCUUGUUUUAUGUUUCAUUUUGCAAUAUGAGGAGUGAGCAGUUAGAUUCAGGGUCAAAGAGGUACAAAGACUUCUGUUACGCAUACCUCUUCCCCUCUGUUACUUCUUGAAUGUGUCUCUAUACAGGAAGUGUACAUACAGUAUCUAACCACCCACCUGAACACUUACACUCAAGGGGUCAUUUGUGGGUGUUUUGUCCUGUUGAGCAAUAACCCUCCUGCUCUGUUGAUUUACUUAUCUUCCCUGCACAGUAAUCAGUAACGGCAGGCAGCAACAGUUAAAACUACAUGAAUUAAGUUUGUAUUUCCCAUCAACAUGAAACAUAAUUACUAAAUAAGAAAGAAAGAAGAAAAAACACAGUUCUGCGACGUAAGUCAAAUAAAUUUUUCAGACUUUACUCUUUUGGAGAGUUUUACCCUCUUCGGGCCAUGAAAACCUAUUUGAAGAUCCAGUGUAAGAAGUUUAUAGGGAGAAUCUCUUUUUGGUGGAACUGCUAAGUACUCAUAGACAUCUGAAACAUGUCAAUAACUAGACACUCCAUCACAACACACAGUCACAAACAGUGGUUGGGGACCACUUCUUUAAACUUUAUCAAUUUUUUGUAUUUUAUAAACUGAUAUUUGUUAUAUAAAAUUCUAAGUAGCAUCAAAUGGAAAUACUUGAGUAAAGUACAAGUACCUCAAAAUUGUACUGAAGUACAGUACUUGAGUAAAUGUAUUUAGUUACAUUCCAUCACAUACAGCUUUGGUGCUCUUUUUCAAUAAUAAUUUUUCCUGAUUGUUUUCUGCUUUGUCUGUGUUGCUGUGGAACAAUUUGUUUUUCAUUAGGACAUAGCGUUAAAGUAAAUAUGGGCAUGUUGCCAUUUUGUGUUUUAAAACGUCUUGACAUGGGAGAGCAGUGGGGGAUGUUUAAGGGAGAGAAGCCACAUGUCUUCACACAGUGUUAAAUCAAGUAUUUCACUAAACAUCUGGAAAAAGAUCACACCCAGGCCGAAGGACACAGGAACAGCCAUUGAGGAAAUCUUCACCCCUGAAGCACAGACAAGUUUUGAACUCAAAAGUCAUCAAUGAGAGGACAGAGAAUUAGUCAAAGGCAGAGGAUGGCAUUUGUCAAGAAAGCAACAUUUCUGUGUCCACGGUAAUAAAAUGUUGUAAAAUUGGCCCCUUGCACUGAUGCAAAGUGUGGUACUAUAUAUCCAUCUAUCUAUCUGUUUGCCUCUUUUCAUACUGUUAUUACUUCCACCACUGUUAAGUAGUCUACUUCUGAUGCUGCUAAUAUUUAAGUAGGCCUAUAUUAAAUGUGUACAUACUUCAGAUAAGGGUUGCACUAUGCACUUUAUAAUGCUUUAGUCACAACAUGCUGACUCUGCCUUACAGAACUACAUCAGCUCUAUCUAUCUAUCUAUCUAUCUAUCUAUCUAUUAUCUAUCAACAGAGUGUUGAUGUUGAGGGAAGAAAACGUGCCUGGAAAAUGUAAGUGGCUCCCUUUGAGGGGGACAGAGAUGGUGUUGGCUGAAUGAUUACUGUAGCCCAUGCAGAAUUAGAAACACUACAAAGUCCUACUCUCUGUGUACUGUAAAAUAGCAGUACACACAAUAGUGUAAUAACUUCAACAGACUACAAUGUAGUGGUGUGUUGAUUUAUGUAGGCUACAUUGCAGGGAUAUUUAACAAUUUGUUUCUUAGUAUAAUUUUUAAAAUAUGUUGUUGUUUAGAAAUGAGUAAAUAUUUUACUUCAAUGAAUUUCUGGUUAAAAUGAUGUGUUUUAAACGGGAGAAAGUAAGGAUGAUACACUGUGUUUAGUGUAUUGUGAUUGUGACCGAUAGUCCUCUCCGGUACAGCAGGUUGCGGUAUGUGCAUGUCACAUUAGUUUGCCACACAAACACACAAAGAAGUAGAGAACCGACUAGUUCUUCCGCCGUGGUACCGGUGCUAAUAACAAGUUAAGCUAGCAACGGAAACGGGCGGCGUGAAAUCUGCUGCUAACAUUUUUUUGUCGCACUACAGCUACAAAAACGGCACAUCUGCUUUUGGGAUACUCUACAAGAAGAUAUAUAAACUUGGCGAAAUGAGUGACCCUGCGCUUAAUCGAGACUGUCCCCUUGACUGCAAGGUUUACGUUGGAAAUCUAGGAAACAAUGGAAACAAGACAGAGUUAGAAAGAGCUUUUGGGUACUAUGGUCCUUUAAGAAGUGUUUGGGUUGCGAGGAAUCCCCCAGGCUUUGCUUUUGUAGAGUUUGAAGACCCCAGAGAUGCAGCGGAUGCUGUGAGAGAACUGGAUGGAAGAACCAUGUGUGGCUGUCGUGUGCGUGUCGAGUUAUCCACUGGAGAAAAACGCUCUAGGAGCCGUGGCCCUCCUCCAUCCUGGAAUAGACGCCCUCGCGAAGAUGUUAGGCGACGUAGUCCUCCAGGCAGACGCAGAUCACCGAAGAGGAGGAGCCUCAGCCGCAGUCGUAGCAGGUCUGUAUCAAGAGACAGACGCAGAUAUCGGUCUCUCUCCAGAGAAAAGACCCGAAAGCGCUCAAGAUCCAUCUCACAGUCAAGGAGUCGUUCCCAGUCUACCGAGAGGAAAUGAAGACGAUGGUAAUCUGCCGGAUCCUGCUAUGGUUGUGAAAAUACAAAUUUUUAUAGUCAUGUUCUUUUUAGAUUUUGUUUGCCAGCUCAAGGCAGUGUCCGGUUGGCCAAAUUACAUAUGUGUAAUAGCAGUCUGUUGAUUAACAACAAAGUACUGAAGUGUUUUUCGCCUUUUGUCUGUUCUGAUGGCUAGAUUUACCCAUUUUUACAGAAAAACAUUUUUUGCCUUUGAACUUACUCUAUGGAGCAUACAUUGAAUUCUGCUGUCUUACCCUGCAUGUUUUGAAAUGGAAUACUGGAUUUAGUUUUACAUUACCAUCCUGUGUGGGUUUUUUUUUUUGUUUGUUUUUUGUAAACCAUUGAAUUAAAGUUCAUAUGUUUUUAUUUGCUUUUUUAUUCAUGGUUGACUCUUAAAUUACUGGCAAUGUGUACCCUGAGCUGCAUCACAAAUUAUAUUACACCAGUGACAGAAAGCAGACUGACAACAAAUGUUGCAAAUACUGGUCAUUCACAGUAUCAUUGAAGCCUAAAACAUCAUCUGUAAUUCUGUGUUUUACCUAUGUCAGUUUUGCAAAAGAAGGCAUUUACUCUAUUCAACUUUGCUUGAUUCUCUGAGCUCUGGCAAUUUGUGCUGAUGCAGUUAAACAACUUGUUCAAUAAAUGUUUUUCUUAAGGUGA